AUGAAGCUUCCUGCCCAGGUGCGAGCUGACUUCAUUAAGAAGCUGCACCGGGAAGGACAGCGUCUCCCGCGGCGCCAGGAAGCGGAGUCCGCCUACGUGGACGGCCGCACGGCGCUUGUGACACACGAGGAGGCGCAAGACUGGGCCCAUGGCAAGGCGCCUGACGGCACCCACGUAAUCUCGUUGUCACACUGCUGGGAGGUUGGUGUGCCGCUGAGCGUGAGUGGUCUAGUACAAGGGCAGCCACCAACCUUUCGCGCGAAGUGGAGCCUCGAGAUCGUCCAUUGUGAGCUCGGCCCUAAGCUCCCGCUGCUGCUGAAGGUCCUGGAGAAGAUCAAGCUUCGGCAGCUCCACUUGCAGCGCAACGAGCUGGUUGAGGAGGGCACCCGCCAGGUCAUCGAGGCCUUGGCUUUGCAGUCCAACGGGACGCUUGCGGCACUGAGUCUCGCCUACGACGGCAUCGGCGUCGCUAAUGUCAAGGGAUUGGCCGAGGCUCUGCGGACAAACAGCACUUUGAUCGAGCUGAACCUGAGCCACGCCUGCCUAAGCAUCGAUGGCAUCAUCGCUCUCGCGGAGGCAAUCAAGGAGAAUCGGACCCUCAAGCAGCUGAGCCUUCGGCGGCUCGAUCUGACGGGCUGCGAUUUGGGCAAGGCCCACGGGGCACUGGCCAGGGCCCUCCGGACCGGCCAGGCGGGGUGA